CCGCCCCGCCCCCACGUGCUGGCUGAAUGGAUGGAUGGUGUGUGACCGGAUCCGUAUGGGAUUUUUUUCCCUGUCUUUUGUCAGUCACAUUCUCAGCACCACCACCAUCAUCAUCAGCAACAGCAGCAUCAUCAUCUUCAUCAGCAUCAGCAUCCUCAUCGUCAGCGCCAUCAUCUUGACCACCAGCAGCAGCAUCAGCAUCAGCAGAAGCAUCAACAAAAGCAGCCUGAGCAUCUCUAAUGCAAAUCUGCCUUCCUCUCUCUCUCUUUCUCUUUUGAACACAUGAUGGAAAUCUGCGACAGCAGGAGGAAAACGCUGGGAUGGGAUGCUUGAUGGGCCGCUGAUUCCCGAGGACUUCUAUCCUUCUCCAUGUGAUCCUUCUGCAGGGUGCCGCAUUGCCUGGCGGUGUACGGUAGCGUGGUAUAGCGUAAGAAGGGGUUUAUUAAACCCUGAUCCCUGAUUUUUGUCAUCUUAUCUGAGAGUUUGUUUGGAUGAAAGAAAGGCUUUUUCUCGGAUACUGAUCCAAAUCGUUUUGCAUUUUGGACCGGAUGCCGCAAAUGGUGUUUUUUUUUUUUCCUCUUUAUUUCUUGAUUUUCCAACCAGGUGACGCUCAGAUUCGGGGGAAAUUACUCUGUGUGUGCGUGUGUGUGUGUGUGUGCGUGCGCGUGUGUAUGUGUGGGAUCUCAGGACGGGAUCUAAAGUGGCGUCUUAUUUAGGACGCAUCCACAAAUCCUAGGAUAUCACCCUUCUUGUUCUCUUCUUGUUCUUCUUCUCGAUCGCGAUGACUCAUUUACAGGCGGGUCUGUCCGCCGAGACGUUGGAGAAGGCCAAGGCUGAGCUGAAAGAGAACCCUGACACCUUGCACCAGGACAUCCAGGAGGUGCGGGACAUGAUCAUUACGCGGCCGGACAUCGGCUUUUUGCGCACGGACGACGCCUUUAUCCUGCGCUUCCUGCGCGCCCGCAAGUUCAACCACUUCGAGGCGUUCCGUCUGCUCGCACAAUACUUCGAGUACCGACAGCAGAACCUGGACAUGUUUAAGAACCUGAAGGCCACAGAGCCUGGUAUCAAACAGGCCCUCAAAGACGGUUUCCCUGGGGUGCUCUCCAAUCUGGACCGACACGGCAGGAAGAUCAUGGUCCUGUUCGCUGCCAACUGGGAUCAGAGCAGGUACACAUUUGUGGAUAUACUGCGAGCCAUUUUGUUGUCACUGGAGGCCAUGAUUGAAGACCCAGAGCUCCAAGUUAAUGGAUUUGUCUUGAUCAUCGACUGGAGCAAUUUCACAUUCAAGCAAGCUUCUAAACUCACACCAAGCAUGCUGAGAUUGGCCAUCGAGGGCUUACAGGACAGCUUCCCAGCCAGGUUUGGCGGUAUCCAUUUUGUCAACCAGCCAUGGUACAUCCAUGCUCUGUACACAGUCAUCCGGCCUUUCCUGAAGGACAAAACAAGAAAAAGGAUCUUUAUGCAUGGGAAUAAUCUGAAUAGUCUACACCAGCUGAUCGUGCCAGAGAUUCUUCCCUCUGAGUUGGGUGGCAUGAUGCCCCCCUAUGACAUGGGCACAUGGGCCAGGACUCUACUUGACCAUGCCUAUGAUGAGGAGAGUGACUACUGCCCUGAGUCCUAUACGCUUUCUGUCAAAGACCUGGAGAAAGAUCUGUCCCCGAAAAGCAUGAAACGGUCCCAGUCUGUGGUGGAGCCUGGAGUUCUUAAACGGCCAGAGAAAAUCAAAAGCGAGGAGGAGAACAUGCAGCCUCUGCUUUCGCUGGACUAAAGGCUUUUUUUUCCCCUCCUAGCAAUGAGCAAAUAUGAAGGCCUGAACACUGGGCAGGAAGAUCACCCAGUUCCUACAACUGAAGUUUAAAAAAAAAUCCAAAAAAUGUUGAAAGAGAUGUUGCAAUGCAUCUGAGACAGUGUUUCAAAGCGAUAUUUUUGAAUCAAACAGCUAAUGAAAGACAUCUAUAUGUAAUUGUUAAGUGCCAAUUUAAUCCUGUAAAUACACUUCAGCUGUAAGAGUAGGAUUUUUGGGAAAAUUUUAAUGUGACGAAUACCAAUGUAAAGACUGCUGUGAAUAAUCUGUAUGUGCUUCAUGUAGUGAGAGCGGUGUUGUAGGGCACUGAGGGCUUUUCGUGUGUG